CAAUUAAAAAGCUUCCUAUUCUCUCUUCAUUUUCCUCUUCUGUGUAUCUCUGCGACUGUGACAGGCUCUGUUCAUAACUCAUAAAAGCACACGCAAAGCAAAAAACACAGACAAAGAAGAAGAAGAAGAAAACAAUGGGAGGAGUUAGAAUGCACACGAAAUCCGACUCCGACGUAAGCAUCGACCAAUCAACAUCGUCGCCACCGCGAUCUCCACGCCGCCCACUCUACUACGUCCAAAGCCCAUCCAACCAUGACGUCAUCGAGAAGAUGUCGUACGGCUCCUCCCCCGCCGCAUCACCCCAGCACCACCACCACUACUAUGUCUGCUCCCCCGUCCACCACUCCCGCGAAAGCACCUCCUCCUCCUUCGCACCCUGGAAGAAGCUCAGCCGCCACGAUUCCGAAGCUGCCGGUGACGAGGACGACGACGACGACGACACAUAUGAUGACUCCGGCCGUAACAUCCGCCUCUACUUCUGCUUCUUCCUUCUCUUCGUGGUCCUGUUCUCCGCGUUCUCUCUGAUCCUUUGGGGUGCCAGCAAGAGUUACAAGCCUCGCGUCACCGUUACGAACAUGGUGUUCUGGAAUCUGAAUGUACAAUCUGGGAACGACGGAACGGGGGUGCCAACGGAUAUGCUGUCAUUGAACUCAACGGUGAGGAUCUCAUACAGAAACUCUGCCACCUUUUUCGGCGUCCACGUCACCUCCACCCCUCUUCAGCUCAACUAUUAUCAACUCAAACUAGCCUCCGGCCAGAUGCAGAAGUUCUAUCAGCACAGGAAGAGUCAGAGGAAGCAAGUGGUAGUGGUGUUAGGCCACCAGAUUCCACUCUACGGCGGGGUGUCGGUUCUCGGUGACACGAAACAGCACAUGGAGAGUGUUGCAUUGCCAUUAAACCUCACAUUUGUGGUGAGAUCAAGGGCUUAUAUCCUCGGAAGAUUGGUCAAGUCCAAAUUCUACACAAGAAUCCGAUGUCCGGUCACCUUGCAUGGCAACAAACUUGGAAAACCUCUUCACUUGAUCAAUUCAUGUCUCUACGAUUGAUUUAAUUCUCUUCUCCUUGGGCGUCUCUCUCGCAUGUAAAGAUAUCGAUCUUUAUUUUUUUUUUGUUACCCAUUGACUCUGUUACUAGAACUUGUCGUGCCAAUUUUAGUGUAAAUCGUGUGUUCAAUUGGAUGUUGUUUGUUUCUAAAAUUGCAGUCCAUGUUUAUAAUGUUGACG